CUUCCUUCGCUCGUUCGCGUCUAUACAUCCAUCGCAGGUUGAAUUUCUGCGGACUUCACUCAUUUCGCCUCCCCAUCCCUUCCACUCCUUACCGUUCCCACCCGGACGUCGGGCAGCGGCGAGUUGCGUUUACCACGUGGUACCAAUGCCCGUGGUUCCAUGAGUCGUUCCUUCCAAUCAUGACGAGGCCACGGAUUGUGCGGGCUGAUACCCUUGACCUCCAAGAUCACAACGCUCCUUCGGCCAAAGACCACUCACGGCAGCCUACCAGCUCGACCGGUGUUGCCCCUCACCAGGAGCAAACUCUUCGCCAUGUGAACAAAGAUUCCAAGUCGGAGCUCAUGCACGGCCCUGGUGCCGAUGAAGGCCGCCCGGAUGCGGAGUACGGCGACGGUAUCGAUAUAUACGAUGACGACGACGAUAUCGAGGAUGUCGAUGAAUUGGGCCACGAUCAACACAGGGGGGACUUAGGGGGCUCGGAAGAAGGUGACCUUGCGGAUGGGGAAAGUGAUGAUAUGAUGGAUGAUGAUAUGAUGGACAAGAUCUCCAGCUCACCAUCUAUCGACGACGAAGAUAUUGAUUUCGAAUUCGUUUAUGCCCUUCAUAAUUUUGUCGCGACCGUUGACGGACAGGCCAAUGCGGCGAAGGGCGAUACUAUGGUUCUGCUGGACGAUAGCAACAGCUACUGGUGGCUUGUUAGGAUCGUGAAAGAUGGCAGUAUUGGAUACUUGCCAGCCGAGCACAUUGAGACGCCCACGGAGAGGCUGGCCCGAUUGAAUAAACACAGGAACGUGGAUUUGUCUGCGACUAUGCUGGGAGACAAUUCUGAAAAAUCCAAGAAUCCGCUGAAGAAAGCUAUGCGCCGCAGAAAUGCCAAGACCGUUACUUUCACCAGCCCGACCUAUAUCGAAGCAUCGGAUAUUGAUUUCUCGACCGACGAGGAACUGGAUGACGAUGCUUCGUUCAAUGACGAAGAUGUUUCCCGUGGGGACGCAGAUAACCUACACGAUGGUGAAAAUGAUGACAUUGUCGUCGAGCCUCUGAGACCCAAGUCGAAGGGGGUCGAUGAAGACAGCAUUCAGGAAGCGCAAGAACCCGACAGCGCCAGUUCCGACAGGCAGCGGUCCAGUCAGGAGAUGUUUGAAACUGAAGUCGACAAUAUGGUCAGCAGAUCCAGAAAUGGCACUGUGCGGAAUACAGACUCCUUUUUCAAGGAUGAUACUGUGGAGACUAAAAAGAUCUCUCUGACACCGAACCUCCUUCGCGAUGAGGUAGGCAGCGGUAGCGGUGUUUCAUCCAGCGAGGCGAAAGAAGGCCGUGGCAGCAUGGAAGCAAUCGACAAAGCGCUUAGUGCUAUUGACAAGAGCAAGGAUGAUAAGAAGCGCAAAGACAAAAAGCCCGGCAUGCUUAGUGGUCUGUUCAAGAGAAAGGACAAAAAGACCAGGUCGAACGACGACGACACCGAUGAAGCGGAAAAGACUUCGGCAGAGCUGUCUCGGACAUCUCCCCAACCAAAGACAUCGUCGGAUUCAUUGUCUUCCCCCGAGUCGGCGCGGUCGCCUAAGCCUUUGGUGGUGCAGAGGCAGACCAAGUUGCAGAAGCAACCACCAGUGGUCAUGUCUCCAGCUGGACAGAAUAUACUUCAAGGACCUGCUAAUCAGAGUCCGGUUCAGAAAGAGGAGCCAAAGCCAGUCAUGAGCCCGAAGCUGGAUCAGACCAUCCGACAAGUGACUUCUGAAGAGGCAGACGAUAUCCCGUCGUCUCCUUCCGAAGGGCCUUUUGACGACAGCCAGGAAAUUAUCUCGUCUGUCCGAGGAUUAAGUCCUUCGAAGAAACCGACGCCAGCUCCACUUGAACCUCAAGAAGAACAGUUGACCUCGCCUGUUGAGCCUCCGAAUGAUUGGCAAGAUGUGUCGGAGAACAUGUAUUCUCAGCGUUCGGUGGCAUCUCCACCCCAGCGAUUCCAACCAAAGCCACUGAACUACCAGCAUCAGCGGCUAGACUCGCCACUUGGUGUGUCUCCGCAGGAAGCCCCCGUAUCGCCUCUUACGCCAGGAUUAAUGGGAGGCCUUCCAUCGCCUGGCCGGCAUUCCGCCUCAUCGGUAUCCCCGCCUUUGUCUCCUGUUGGUGGUGCUGGCGACCACAGGAGCCUCGACGCCACCCCGGCGUUGUUCGAGACGGCGUCCGCGGGAACGCCAACGUGGAGCGAUGCCAGCUUGCGGUCCUACUUGGAUGACGAGAAUGACAUCCGUGAUCUAUUUAUCAUUGUCCAUGACAACUCCAACAUCCCCCCUGCCGGGCCUGAUCACCCGAUUACUGGCUGCCUCUUCAAGGAAGAGAGCAAGAGGCUGAGAGAGAUGACUAGCCAGCUGGAUAGCAUGCUGGCUGAUUGGGUGGGCCGGAGGACGCGGAAUGCGGCGAGCAAAUGAGCAGGUCUUAGGUCUCGGGUACUUGGUGUACACUGGACUGGUCACAUCUGCACUCCGGCUUGUCGCGGGAAUUGAAGGACUGGUCCCUCCAUUGGCCGGGGCUAACAAUGUGCUGGACGCAUGAACUCGGUUGGCCCGUCUG